AUGCAGCCAGCAGCCUAUCUUCCUGUCUCCGAGCCUGGAGGAAGAAAACAUCAAGAUGAAACCACAGCUGAUGAACUAGAUGUCCUACGUCCUGGGGAAAAUGAAGUGUGCGGGGAAUGCACAAACAACACAGCGCAAAACACUGACGGAGUACAAAACCAAAGGAAUACUGAUGGAGAUACGACAUGCCCAUAUGACUGGAUUGGGCAUAGGGGAAAGUGUUACUACAUUUCGGAGAAAGAAGACAAUUGGACCUCCAGCCAAAGUUUCUGCUUGGUACAUGGUGCCUCCCUGGCUAUUAUUGAAAAUAAAGAAAAGGUUUUUGUGAGCCGAAUCAAAGGCAAUCAUCCUUCUUGGAUUGGUCUCCACAGAGACCCAGGUCAGCCCUGGAAAUGGACAAAUGGAGAAAACUCAACGCUGAAGGUCAUUGGAGACGGAGGAAACUGUGCCUACCUGAAUGACGAAGGCACAGCCAGCUCUUCAAGGUGUGGCACAGAACAUCACUUCAUUUGCAGCAAAUCUCUGACAUAUUUUGAAACGGAAUAG